AUGGGGGAGCUGCGGGACAUCGUGCGGCCCCUGAGGGAGCCCGGCUACCGGGAGGCGCUGCGGAGGAAGGCCGAGAGGGCGAGGAAGAGGAAGCUGCGGCUGCAGCGGAGGAAGCAAGAAGCCAAAGCGGCCAAGGAGGAGGAGGCGGCCCGGGCUGCUGAGCGGGAGGCCAAGAUCGACCAGUGGAGGGUCAAGUGCAUCCAGGAGGUGGAGGAGAAGAACCGGGAAAGAGAACUUAAGGCUGCUGCAGACAGCGUCUUAUCUGAAGUAAGGAAGAAACAAGCAGACACAAAGAGGAUGGUGGACAUCCUGCGUGCAUUGGAAAAGCUUCGGAAACUGAGAAAAGAGGCUGCUGGCAGGAAAGGUGUUUGCCCGCCUCCCUCAGCAGACGAAGCAUUUGAAAAUCAGGUGGAGAGUCUCAAAACGUUGCUCAAAAACCGGACAGAGCUGUAUGAAGCUGAGGAGAGAGCAUUAAGAGUUAUGUUGGAGGGAGAACAGGAGGAAGAAAGGAAGAGAGAAAUGGAAAAGAAGCAGAAGAAGGAAAGGGAAAAACUUCUCCAGCAAAAACUCGAAAUUGAUUCCAAGCUGUUUGGGGAUCCAGGUGAAUUUCCUCUCGCCCAUCUAUUGCAGCCCUUUCGAGAGUAUUACUUACAAGCUGAGCAUUCUGUAGCAGCUCUCAUUCAGAUCAGGCACGAAUGGGAUCAGUACCUGGUGCCAGCUGAUCACCCCGAAGGAAGCUGCAUCCCUCCAGGAUGGGUUCUUCCCACUCUCCCCACAAACGACACUUGGGCCACGGCUGUCAGAUAAUACCGUCAUAAAUUAUUUGGGGGAAUGUUUCGUUAUAGUCGCCUGGGUAAAGAUGAGAGGGUCCAUAGAGG